AUGAAAUUUUCAUAUACGGUUCUUAGAGGGGGAGUUUUUUGGCUUACCUAUCUCAAUAAAAUAUAUGAUUGGUUCGAAGAACGUCUUGAGAUUCAGGCAAUUGCGGAUGAUAUAACUAGUAAAUAUGUUCCCCCUCAUGUCAACAUAUUUUAUUGUCUAGGAGGAAUUACGCUUACUUGUUUUUUAGUACAAGUAGCUACGGGGUUUGCUAUGACUUUUUAUUAUCGCCCGACCGUUGCGGAGGCUUUUACUUCUGUUCAAUAUAUAAUGACUGAAGUUAACUUUGGUUGGUUAAUCCGAUCAGUUCAUCGAUGGUCGGCAAGUAUGAUGGUACUAAUGAUGAUCCUCCACGUAUUUCGUGUGUAUCUCACAGGUGGCUUUAAAAGACCUCGUGAAUUGACUUGGGUUACAGGUGUGGUUUUGGGUGUAUUGACCGCAUCUUUUGGUGUAACUGGUUAUUCCUUACCUUGGGACCAAAUAGGUUAUUGGGCAGUAAAAAUUGUAACAGGUGUACCGGACGCUAUUCCUGUAAUAGGAUCGCCCUUGGUAGAGUUAUUGCGCGGAAGUGCUAGUGUGGGACAAUCCACUUUAACUCGUUUUUAUAGUUUACACACUUUUGUAUUACCUCUUCUUACUGCCGUAUUUAUGUUAAUGCACUUCCUAAUGAUACGUAAGCAAGGUAUUUCUGACUUGAACGAUCCUGUAUUAAGAGCUAAAUUGGCUAAAGGGAUGGGUCAUAAUUAUUAUGGAGAACCUGCAUGGCCCAAUGAUCUUUUAUAUAUUUUUCCGGUAGUAAUUUUAGGUACUAUUGCAUGUAACGUAGGUUUAGCGGUUCUAGAACCAUCAAUGAUUGGCGAACCUGCGGAUCCAUUUGCAACUCCUUUGGAGAUAUUGCCUGAAUGGUAUUUUUUUCCCGUAUUUCAAAUACUUCGUACAGUACCAAAUAAAUUAUUGGGUGUUCUUUUAAUGGUUUCAGUACCUGCGGGAUUAUUAACAGUACCCUUUUUGGAGAAUGUUAAUAAAUUCCAAAACCCAUUUCGUCGUCCAGUAGCGACAACCGUCUUUUUGAUUGGUACGGCAGUAGCCCUUUGGUUGGGUAUUGGAGCAACAUUACCUAUUGAUAAAUCCCUAACUUUAGGUCUUUUUUAAAUCGAUUCCAUUUUUAUUUAUUUUUUAUUUAUUAUUUUUUUUUUUGAAAUAAAAUAAAUAAAUUACGACGUGUGUAUCUAGGGAAUAGUCGCUUCAAAGUGAAUUUUCCCUAGAUACGGUUAGUCAAUUCUAUUUUUGAUAUAUUCCGAGUAUAUGGCUGAUGUUAAAGAUUCAAAACUCAUUAAAAUUUAUGCGAAAUGCUUUUUUAUUUCUAGAAUGUCCAAUAUAUGUUUUAUAUCUUCUAUGCGAAAAUCUUUAAUUUUCAGAAGGUCUUCUUGACUGUUAUUCAAAAGGUCUAAUAAUGUAUGGAUAUUGGACCUUUUGAGACAAUUAUAGACCCUGGGGGGCAAUUCUGAUUGGUCAAUAAAAAUAUAUUUCAAUGCUAUUUCUUUUUUCGUUUUCCUUGGUUUAGCCACUCUACCAUGAAAAUCAAAAAGGGGUAAAGUGCCUUUGUGUUGAUUGUUUUCUAAAUGGAAGUUUUCUUCUUCUGCAUGUAAAAAGGGAAUCAAUAAAUCAAUCAAAUUUCUGGAGGCCUCAUGAAGUGCUUCUUUAGGAGUUAAACUUCCAUUUGUCCAUAUUUCGAGAAAAAGUAUUUCUUGUUUUUCAUUUCCAUUAACAUAAGAAUGAAUACUAUGAUUCGCAUUUCGAACAGGCAUGAAUAUAGCAUCUAUAGGAUAACUUCCGUUUUGAAAGUUAUUUGGCGUUUUUAUACGAUAUCCACGAUUCCUCUCAAUUUGUAAUUCAAUACACAAAUUAAUUGGUUCUGUUAGGUUAGCUAUAUGCUGUGUAUUAUCAACAAUUUCCACCGAAGAUGGUAAGAUGAUAUCUUGAGCAGUUACAUAUCCAGGACCCUUAACACAAAUUGAUGCCUCGCGCGUUCCAUACAGAUUACUUCUCAAUACAAUUUCUUUCAAAUUCAUUAAAAUUUCAUGUACGGAUUCUUGAAUACCUACUAGGUUAGAAUAUUCAUGGGGUAUUUUAUCGGAUUUUGCGCGUGUGAUACAUGUUCCUUCUAUUUCUCCAAGCAAAGCUCUUCGCAUUACAAUGCCUAUUGUAUCGGCUUGGCCUCUCAUAAGUGGAGCCAGAAUAAAGCGUCCAUAAUAAAGACGCUUACUGUCUGCUCUUGAUUCAACACAUUUCCACUGUAGUGGCCGAGUAGAUACUAUUACUUUCUCUUGACCCAUAGUGAUAUUAUUUGAUCAAAUCAUUGAAUUAUUUAUUUCUUUUGAAAUAUCUUCAAUGUUUAUUUUUACACACGCCUUUUUUUAGGGGGCCUACAGCCAUUAUGUGGCAUAGGGGUUACAUCUCGUAUGAAACUUAAUAGUAUACCACUUCUACGAAUAGCCCUUAAUGCCGCAUCUCUUCCGAGACCCGGGCCUUUUAUCAUGACUUCUGCUUGUUGCAUACCUUGAUCUACUACUGUCCGAAUAGCAUUUCCUGCUGCGGUUUGAGCGGCAAAUGGUGUCCCUCUUCUUGUACCCUUGAAUCCACAAGUACCGGCGGAGGACCAAGAAAUUACCCGCCCCCGUACAUCGGUAACAGUUACAAUAGUAUUGUUGAAACUUGCUUGAACAUGAAUAACUCCC